AUGAGCGUGCGCCCAACGCGUCGAGGAACCGCUCAGGCCAAACAACAGUCAUCUUAUACCCAGCUAGAAUCUCUUCUUCUGGCACAGACUGUCUGGGAGCUUGGCGCAAACUCAGAAUCUUGGUCAAACAUUGCAAAGCUCCUCUCAUCACAUCCCCUUAUUUCAAGGCCGAAAUCCUUCUUCACAGCCCAAUCGUGUCUGGCCGUGUAUGAACGUAUGAUGAAAGAAGCAAGUCUGGAGCGCACCGAUCUGGACGCGGGAAUACAUGCACCCCAGAAUCUUGCUCUAGCUCGGAAACACUUCCAACUUCGCUUCUCUGAGCUUCUUCACCUUAUCACUGUGGAGGAAAAUAACUUCAAGUCCAUCGCUUCAGAAAUAGACGACAUACGCGCUGGUCUACAUGACGAGAGAAUAAAGGCCAAUCUUUCAGGUGUCCCCUUAGAAGCUGUGAAAGCGCAAGCUCCUGGUGUAGAACAGACGGAUGAAAUAUUUGGCGGGUCAGAUUUAACUGGCGUCACAGACUCUGGGUCUUCGGGUCGCGAUGAAGACAAUAGCGCUAUCUCUCCAAUGCCGCAACUGCCGAAGGUCCAUUUAUUGGACGGAAUCGAUGAAUCUGGAAGAACUCAUGGGUCAUCGGAACCCGAACUCAGGGUUUUGACCAACUCAACCAGUCCCCUCGACGGCUCGGAGGAAGCAGAGGGACUUACAUUAGCUGUACCAAGCAACAAACCUCACGAAGCCGUACCAGCCCCGACGAUGAUAAGUGAGCAACUUAAUGUAAACGACGCACCGCCAGAGCUUCCUGUAGACGCAGGGAUGGCAGAUUUGUUUGAAACCCGAAAUUGUGCAGAGGAGAAACAAAGUUUAAUCCAGCGACAAGAAGAGGAAGAGGGGGAUUAUGAGGUGAACGGUGAAGAGGAAGAGGAAGAGGUCCCUUUAGAGGCGAAGGUUGAAGAGGAAGAAACUGAUCAUGAAGAAACGAAGUUACCACCCCCUUUUACUGACGCGACUGAGACGGCGUCAGAGGAUAAAACGACGUCUCCCCCCGCAAUCAUUGAAACCAAAAUGGGCGAAGUUGUUAAUUUUUCAGAUCUCGAUGGACCGGUUUCUGAGGAGGAACCAGCCAAAGCCGCACGGCGCUCCGCACGCCGUCGAAAGUCAUCAACGUCUUCUGUACCUCCCCUCCAGACGAGGGGAAGCUCACGACGACGUCGUCAAACAGCUGAGAGUGAGCCUUCACCGAACGAAGUAGAUUCCGAGGCGGACAUCGACUCCGAAAUGAAAAUCGAUAUGCUACAAGUCGAAGGGCGUCACAUAACGCCAAUGUCAGAGUCUGCUAGGCGACGUGAAGGUAAGAGGAAGGCGUCACCCCUGGAAGCCGUAGAGUAUCAGCGUGAGAAGAAACGAGUGCGAGAAGACUCCGAGCCGGUGGAUGACGAUGAAUCUGGCCCAAGCUCGCACAAUACCCGCACCCGCCCAAUCCGGCAGGGCACCCGCACAGAGGAACAAGUCGCGCUGAAACGCUUCCAGAGUGUUAUCGGUCUUCUCCAUUCCCAGAUAUCACAGCACCGCAACGGAAACAUCUUCCAUAAUCCCAUAAAAAAUUCAGAAGCUCCUGAUUACCACGACAUCGUGAAGCGUCCGAUGGACUUGAAAACAAUCAAAACCAGGGUCAAAGAUGGGCUUGUCGCUAAUUCACUAGAGUUCCAGCGGGACAUCUUUCUCAUGUUCGCAAAUGCGAUGAUGUAUAAUAGGCCAGGGUCAGACGUUCAUGCCAUGGCGGAAGAUAUGAUGAUCGAGAGUGAAGGGCAUAUUUUGUCAUUCCGUCAAACGGAGGGCUAUGCUCGUGGAGCAAAUCGAGCAUAG